ACCUCAUACAACACACCCACUUAUCAUCACUCACAGUCAUAGGUGUAACAUCUUGUAUAUGUUUACCUUACAGUCAUAGAGAUAGCAUCUUGGUUACCUCCUGAAUAAAACGGUUAGUAAAGGAAGAUACUGGACAAACAAUUGUCUAAAUAGAAGGAUAUGGGAAUGGUUGGAUGGGUUGCUGAUUGAAUACACUUUGGUUUUGACUGAUUACUAGUUUACUUUGCAUGUUUCAGACACACUUCUGCUGAAAUACUUGCCUUCAGCUUCCUCAGUACCGUCUUCAGACAUCAGAAUCUUCCAACCAGGUGCCAAGAAAGCUGUGUAACGCUGUCAUCAAUACUGAUUAUCAAGAUCUUAUCUCAAACUAUCUCCGUACAAUGAGAGAACUAAACGACACUGGGAGUAACUAUGUGAAGAGGACUUGCGUUAAAGGAGAUCUCGGGCCGUGUGUCAACUCUACCUGCAGCGCCACCUGGCCACCGCCAAGGGAGCGAUUGCAGCGAUUGCUGGACGCCAGCUUUCCCGUUCUCCCACACCAACGUGACGUCAUCAGCGCCAUGGGAGCUCAGGUACCGCCCGCUGAUCUCAUCUUCCUGGCGGCGACCUCGGAAAACCAUUUUGAAGAAAUGCAGGGCAUGAUUAGCGACCUGCAUCAAGUCGUCUUCCCCUGGCUGAAGGAAAACACAAGCUACUCCUACAGACUUAUAGUCUAUGACCUAGGGUUACAGAACACGAGCGCUAAAUCGUUACAGACAAAAUGCCAGUGCGACGUUUUACAGUUUCCAUUUUCUUCACUGCCGGAGGUUUUUGGACAACUGAAAACAUUCCAGUGGAAACCCGUCAUUAUAAAAGCCCAUGUCUCGCGCUGCAAGCUGCUCAUCUACGCCGACUCCUGCGUGCGCUAUCACGUGAGCGGGUUCCAGCACGUUCUACAGCGCGCUCUGGCUCGUGGCCUGCUCAUCCUGCACAACUCCUUCAUGCUGCCAGCACACGUCAUGCCACCCAUGCUGACAUAUUUCCGGGUGGACCCUUGUCUGCUGGGGCCUUUCUAUGAAUUUGCGGGUGGAUUCAUCAUGGUCAAGAACGAGGCACUCGUGAUAAACAAGAUAUUAGACUUUUGGCUUGCAUGCGCCUUUGCUCCAGACUGUAUUUAUCCCGGGGAUAACUGGAAAAGUUUACGCUACUGUCAUACUACCACCGGCUACUCCAAGUGCCACCGAUUUGACCAGGCAGCCAUAGGCAUCAUACUAGUGUCUCUUUUUGACAGGAAGUCGUCAUCCUUCGUAGAAGCGAUCGGACAUGUGAAAUUUCUACGUGGUGACAAAGUGCAGUACUUCCCAGACUCAUGAAGUGACAAGUCCUUUUCCAUUAAAGGAUAUUACAACAGACUCUUAUUUAAAAUGUAACUCAUCUGGAAAAGCCAGAGUAUUAUUCAGUACGAAGCUACUGAGAGAUGUUCAUGAACAUCUGUCAAAUUAUUAUUUGGAAAGAAGGCAACCUAUGGAUUCACACAAAUGAAAUCUUUACUUUAUCUGUCAGAAAUAGCAUCGUGAAUAUAGAAAGUGUGUUUGUGUGGGUGGGUAGGAGCAUGCAUGAG